GUUGUGCUACCAGGAAUACUUGAGCAGGCUGUUUCAUGCAAAGAUGCAAUUUCUCAGGAGUAUCUAAUGGAAUGUGUCAUACAAGUAUUUCCGGAUGAGUAUCACCUGGCAACACUGCACGAAUUCUUGCAUGCCUGUUCUGAACUGGACCAGGGCGUACAGAUUAAAAAUGUAUUGAUAGCUCUAAUUGAUCGCCUCGCAAUUUAUGCUUCUUGCGAAGGUGCUGAAAUUCCGGCCGAUCUACCGCUUUUCGAUAUUUUCUCGAAGCAAACAGAAUCGGUGAUAAUGAGCCGCGACGGCAUGCCACCAGAAGACAUCGUUUCUUUGCAGUGUUACCCGGAAAGAACCGAUUAUGCGGAUACAGUUUUCACAACAACAGCAGAUGUCUUCACGAAAUUAAAACUUGGGAGGACACCGUAUAAUGAUAUUGUUGGCCGUGAGAUCAUGAAAUUUUUACGUAUUCCUGUGGAUCAGUACGACGAUGUUGUUCAACUGCUGCACCUGGAACACUACAGCGACGUGAUCGAGCUGCUGGAUUACCGUGGUCGUACACAAGCAGCCUCAUACGUUCUACAGAAUAUGAUAGAAAAUGAUACAGCUCUGACAACAAUGGAAGAAGUGGAGAAGUUGUUGCAUCUGAUUGAAUCAUUGCUUGUGGACCAGGAAGAUCAGCCAAAUGAUUUAGAGACCAAUGAGGAUUUUGUGGACGAGCAAAUACUUGUUGCACGACUGGUCAACCUUAUCCAUGCACCGUCAACCGAU